UAAACGUCAAACAAAAUACAGAUCACGAUUUCUGUACCUUUUUAGAACACUGAUGAAUCAGCGGUGUAAUUAAUAUUUAAAGUACCCGGUACUUACUUUGAUUGUUAUUCUUUGACAUGGGCUUUAAAGGAACGGUUGAAAAAGUAUAAAUCGGAACAUUUUAAGUGAAUUCGACAAAGAGACAACAUAUUGGAGAAAUUAAGAACAAUUUUGUCUCAUUAACUGUUUCGCAAACUCUGGAUGAAUUCUAAAGCCAUCGGUGAAAUAUCAAAUUAAAAAGGAGGACAAUUUCGAAAAAAGCUGUCGCCAAAAAUCUAGAAGUCGCAAUUUCUACACAUGUUAAAGUGAUGGAGAUUCCGUUGAAUAUACUACAUCUGACUGCCUUGAUUUCUGUGGUGGGUUUCAAUAUAAGGACAGCGAAUGCUUUUCCUCAUUAUGCCACGGAAAAUGAGAAACAUGUAACAGUUAAGGUAAAGACCAUUGACACUGGCGCAAGGCAAAAACGGUCCGUGGACGCAUUUCCGGAUGAACUCGACGUUGAAUUGUCAACUGAUGAAAUGCAUAUAAAUUUCCAUCAUUUAAGAAGGAAUUUUGAUAUUCCUAAUAAAUUUCCCGUCCACUUAAUGAGGAAUGGUGAAGUGAAGAAAUACAGCUUCGACAGUAAACGGAAAGUUGCUUAUUAUUUCGAUACUACAUCUGGUGCCGCCUUUAUGGCGUGGCCUAAAUCAGGAGAGAACGGGACUUCUGAAGAAUUUGAUCUGUACGGAACGUUCUUAUCCGAUAACAAUGAAGAAUACUUUGUCCAGCCACCAAAAGAUAAGCAAAGUUCUUAUACAGUCUCGAAAAUUUCUGAGAAAGAGACAACAAUUUCGGAUUAUGUCACCUUAGCAGAUACUGAUGCCAAGAUAAUGCAAGACAAAGUGGACAACCGUAGAAAUGCUAACAAUCCUACCAAAAGAGAAAGAAGACAGACAACAACAGCUUAUGAAAUAGAAAUAUUCUUCGUUCUAGACUAUGCUAUGUAUCAAGAAUGGUAUGCCACAACAGACGGUCAGACAGACAGAGUAUCAGCUACAAUAGAAUACAUGACACAGUUUACCGCUUUCCUAUUAAAUGCAAUCAAUCUCCGAUAUGAAACUGUCACUGACUAUGGUUAUACCAUCAGAUGCCUUUUUGCAGGGAUUUACAUCGCAGAUACUGCAGAUAGAGCACCUUUUGUGGAAAAUAAUUUAUACUCUUUUGGGUUUGUCGCUGACACUGUUCUAGACGCAUUCAGAGUUUGGGGAGAGGCCAACUUAGUGAGUUUUAACUACGACCAUGCGAUGCUGUUUUCUGGGUAUGAGAUGGGCAGAAAUGAUAAUGGAGUAUUUAAUCCUGUCACAGCAGGUUUAGCAUACCUUCCAUCAUAUUACACCGGAGGUGGACUAGCUGAACCCGGAGUGUGUGGAAGCUACAGAUAUUCUAUCAACGAAGGUGGAGGCUUUAACCCGAACAUGGCGACUGUUGGAGCACACGAACUUGGUCACAAUCUUGGGUCAUCUCACGACGGUUCAUCAAAUAAUUGCAGUGGUGGAUAUGUGAUGGAACCGUCCUCCGGUGUAAGCACUGAUCCCGUCGACAACCUUCGUUUGUGGAUAUUUUCCUCAUGCUCCCAGGACUAUUUUGAAGUGUAUAUCAACGACUUAAAUGGCGCGCAGGAAAACUGUAUGACAAGCCGACAGGCAACUGAUGCUAACGAUCUUGACCCUUACGUGAAUGACACUGCUGGCCAAGUAUAUGGCCCUGAUGUUCAGUGUCAAAAGAUAAAGGGGCAAGGGUCAUAUCUGUAUAGGAGCUACUUCGACAGUGAUUAUUCCACCCUGUGUGCUUUAAUGCCGUGUUCUGCAACAGCCAACGACAGAUCAUAUUCCUUUCACAUACCCUGGGAAGGUACAACGUGUGGGGUUGGUAAGGUUUGUCAGUCAGGAUCCUGUGUCGAGUCUCCGUCAGCCCCACAAGUAGGCAACGAAACUUGUCUAUUUGGAAAUGUUCCGUACAAUGUGCCCGGUCAGUCCUCCAACUGCUCAGAAUUCCUUGGAAGCGAUGCCACCUCUUACAGAUGUUACCAAGACAGCUACAGAGAAAGUUGUUGUACCACAUGUGAGGAGAUAAAACAAUCCAACACAGCAUAUACAGACUGCGAAUAUGGUGACAGAUUCAGCAAUUGUGACGAUUUAACAGACUCAAAUCUUUACUCAUGCAACGACGCAAAUUUUCGAGCCGAUUGUUGUAAAUCGUGUAUGGAUAAAGCCUUAGAUAUUCCAGACUGCACAUAUGGUGACAGAUUCAGCAAUUGUGACAGUUUAACGGACUCAAAUCUUUACUCAUGCAACGGCGCAGAUUUUCGAGCUGACUGUUGUAAAUCAUGUGCGGAGAAAGCCUUAGAUAUUCCAGGUUGUCCGUAUGGAGACAGAUAUAGUAAUUGUGCCAGUUUAUCAUGCAGUUCAUAUCCUGUUGAUUGUUGUCAAACAUGUGCGCCUUCUACAACUUCCACAACAACGACAACAACCACGAGUUCUACAACAACUACAACAACUUCUACAACAACAACUACAACGCCUACAACGACAACAAGUACUACCACUCCUUCAACCACAACCACAACUCCUACAACAACAACAACAACCACUACUACAACAACUACAACGCCUACAACAACUACCACAACUCCUACAACCACAACCACAACUCCUACAACAACAACAACUACUACAACUCCUACAACAACAACCACAACUCCUACAACAACAACAACCACAACUCCUACAACAACCACAACGCCUACAACAACAACCACAACUCCUACAACAACUACCACAACGCCUACAACAACAACCACAACUCCUACAACAACAACAACUACCACAACUCCUACAACCACAACCACAACGCCUACAACAACAACUACCACAACUCCUACAACCACAACCACAACGCCUACAACAACAACUACCACAACUCCUACAACAACAACAACUACUACAACUCCUACAACAACAACCACAACCACAACUCCUACAACCACAACCACAACGCCUACAACAACAACCACAACUCCUACAACAACAACUACCACAACUCCUACAACAACAACUACCACAACUCCUACAACAACAACCACAACUCCUACAACCACAACCACAACUCCUACAACGACAACAAGUACUACCACUCCUUCAACCACAACCACAACGCCUACUACUACAACUACAACAACAACAACAACUACAAUGCCUACAACAACAACUACAACUCCAACAACGACAACCUCAACUCCCACAACCACAACCACAACGCCUAAAAUAACAACAACCACAACUCCUUCAACCACAACCACAACGCCUACAACAACAACCAUAACUCCUUCAACCACAACCACAACGCCUACAACCACAACCACAACGCCUACAGCCACGCCUACAACCACAACCACAACUCCUACAACGACAACAACUACUACCACUCCUACAACAACUACCACAACUCCUACAACUACCACAACUCCUACCACCACAACCACAACGCCUGCCGCCACAACCACAACGCCUACUACAACGCCUACAACAACUCCUACAACCACAACUACCACUCCUACAACGACAACAACUACUACCACUCCUACAACAACUACCACAACUCCUACAACUACCACAACUCCUACCACCACAACCACAACGCCUGCCGCCACAACCACAACGCCUACUACAACGCCUACUACAACGCCUACAACCACAACUACCACUCCUACAACGACAACAACUACCACAACAACCACAACUCCUACAACAACAACCACUACUCCUUCAUCAACAACAACUACCACUCCUACAACCACAACCACAACUCCUACAACAACAACUACCACUCCUACAACAACAACAACAACUACCACUACAAGUCCUACAACAACAACUACAACUCCUACAACAACAACUGCCACUGCAACUUCAACAACAACAACUAGACGUUCUUCCAGUAAAUUCAGAAUUUUAAUUGUAAUAUGGAUAUUUCCGAUCAGUACGGGUAACACCGACCUCAGCGACCCAGGUGUUCAACAGAAUAUAGCAGUUGUGAUAUUUAUAUACUAUCGACGCUUCCUUGGAAGUAGGUGCAGGGGUGUAAAGAUUAGAAAUCUACGGCGUGGAAGUCUGAUUGUAGAUUACGAAGUUGAAUAUGAGGACACUGAGGAUGCCUCUGCUGAAGUUACAAAGGCAAACAUAGACAUAGUGGGAGGAAAAGAGAAUAUAACGCUACUGAAUGAGACGGUUUCUGCCACAUCUGUACAGGUUAAUGACACAAUAGUAACCAAUGAAACAGUUGGGAGUUCAGAGACAGUAUGUGAGCUUUUCGUUUUGAGCAAUGGCCCUUGUGAUGAAAAUUAUUCCUGCUCUGUUGAAGAAGGAACUCCUACAUGUGUACCAGAGAAAACACAGUUUGGAAUAUCCGUGUUAAUCGCAGUCAGUGUCUCCCUGUUUGUAUUCCUUGUCUUCGUUUCUGUACUCAUAUGUUUGUCUAUACGAGCAUACAGGCUUCGGAAGCUUAAACAUACCCCAGAUUCCUUGACGACGGACGUUACUGGUAUUGACGAGCACAAUUGGCCAUACAAACGCAAUAUAGUCCCAUAUGGUUCAAUCGGCGGGCGACAAGACAUGCCAGUAGGUUAUCUCCCUUAUUCAAGGGAAGAAAUUGGGCAUGGCAAUUAUCACUCAGACAGACAUCAUAAACAUGAAAGAGACAGAUAUAGCAAGUCACAAGACAGCCAAGGGCAUAGAACUAGCUACAGAAGUGAUCGAGACAGAAACUACAGACAUGAUAAAAAGCACAACAGAAAACAUUUACAAAACUAUGGUUAUGAUAAUCGUGCCAUGGAUUUUGAUCAAAUUCUAUCGUCAAGCUACAUCUCCAAAACGAGUUAUGAACACAGAUAAAAUCCACUGCACAGAAGGUGCCAACAUUUGAAGAUUUUACAUUUUUGUACAAGAGACAGUAAAUGUUGUUUACAAAAAAAGGAACUCACAGCAAAAAUUGUGAUAACGAAGGCAACUUUUGACUACAACAUACAAGAACUGACAGCCCUGCAGAUGGAUAAUCAAAAUAAGCUAACUAAAACAAAGUCACAAUAAUGCUAAAUUAUUGUUUUUGAAAUAUGCAUGAAAUUGUUACAGACUAUGUUCAGCAACAUAAAGUCCCGACAAUGGUGCUCAAUUUGUUUGCAAUAUGUGCCUUAAAUGUUCAUAUGUAAUCAUUGACAUAAAGUCCCGACAAUAAAUGGUUCUCAUUUAUUUUAAUAAAAUGUACCAGAAAUGCUUAAUAAGUAUGUUAAAAUAUAAACAUCAAAGUUUCGACAAUGGUGCUAUUUUUAUAUAAUAUGUACCAGAUACGCCCAUGUGAAAAUAUAAUCAAUUGUUUGUUUGUUUGUUUGUUUUGGGUUUAACGCCGUUUUUCAACAGUAUUUCAGUCAUGUAACGGCGGGCAGUUAACCUAACCAGUGUUCCUGGAUUCUGUACCAGUACAAACCUGUUCUCCGCAAGUAACUGCCAACUUCCCCACAUUAAUCAGAGGUGGAGGACUAAUGAUUUCAGACACAAUGUCGUUUAUCAAAUAGUCACGGAGAACAUACGUCCCGCCAAAUAUAAUCAAAGUCCCGACAAUGAUGCCCAAUAUAUUUCAAACUAAAAUGAGCCGUGCCAUGAGAAAACCAACAUAGUGGCUUUGUGACCAGCAUGGAUCCAGACCAGCCUGCGCAUCCACGCAGUCUUGUCAGGAUCCAUGCUGUUCACUAAUAGUAUCUCUAAUUGCAAUAGGCUUUGAAAGCAAACAGCAUGGAUCCUGACCAGACUGCGCGGAUGCGCAGGCUGGUCUGGAUUCAUGCUGGUCGCAAAGCCCUUAUGUUGGUUUUCUCAUGGCACGGCUCAAAUAUUCUCAUGCAAAUGUCAACAACAUAAACUUAUUGAGAAAUUAGUAUAGAUUUAAUUACAUAUUUCUAAAAUGAGUAAUACUGGGAUAUCAAAAUCUAUAUACUUAGAUGUUAAGGGUAAUGUAUUAAUAAACAAAAUUUUCUGUAUAGAUCAUAAUUUCUUAAUUUGAACUCAGUUCAAACUCACAAAACUCAAACCCUUUAAAAAUAAUGGAAUAAUAAGAAGACUCGCCUGUCUUGUAUUCUAAUAUUCAUUUGUUACGAGUUAUUUCUUGUUUUAUUGUGAAAUGGUUGCUCAUGUGAGAUUUACACGUUGUAUAUAUUUUUUUAAAUCAUUUGCACGCUGGUCGUCAUGUGUAAGAUAUAUUUUCAUCGUUUAGUGUUUUAAAUUAGUUUUUUACAAUGUAAUAUUCAGAAUAAAUUAUUUAUAGAAUU